CCAAACCAAAAGCAAUUAAGCAUUCCGAAAUCUUAGAAUCUCCCACCUGGCACCUGUUGCACUGAGGCUGUGAUCUGCGAGCUUAUCCAUUUCCGCAGUUAAGCAUUCUAUCCCCACGCCCCACACAGAUAUCGGACAUAGGGAAACAUGUGGAUGGGACCUUCCUCUGAACAUCUAGCCGCCGUCGGUUCUGUAUUUUUCCCUUGGUUUUAGUGGCGCUCGGAUUUUAUUUUUUGAUUUUUUUUUAUUUUUAAAAUUCAAAUGGUAAUGGAAGAUAACGGGAGUUGCGGCAGUAGAGUGGUGGAAUCGAUGCCGGCCAACACUUGGCAGCAACGGAGAAAAUUGGAGGUGUACAAUGAGGUUCUUCGGAGGCUCAAGGAUUCCAGCAACCAGGAGGCUCAAUUGCAUGGCUUCGAUGAUCAACUCUGGGCUCAUUUCAAUCGUCUCCCUACUCGGUAUGCAUUAGAUGUGAAUGUGGAAAGGGCAGAAGAUGUUCUCACACACAAGAGACUUCUGCAUCUUGCACGUGAUCCUUCCAAUAGGCCUGUCUUUGAAGUUAGAGUGGUUCAGGUAUCUCCAGUCACUGAAGGGAACAUGCCAAGGUCUGUUCAAUCAAGUUCUCCAAAUAAGGCUACCCCACAGAGUGUCCAUCCACCACCUGCCUUUGGCUCUUCUCCUAACCUCGAAGCGCUUGUUCUUGAAGCAAGCAAACCACAUGCUCCAGAUGAGAACAAUGCUGUUAACCAUUCUGAAAAAUCCCCAAGGCCCAUGCAUGAAAUUACAUUUUCAACUAGUGACAAGCCAAAACUUCUCAGUCAGUUGACUUCGUUACUGGCUGAGCUUGGACUGAACAUUCAGGAAGCACAUGUGUUUUCCACUGUAGAUGGGUUCUCUCUAGAUGUCUUUGUUGUUGAUGGUUGGCCUUAUGAGGAAGUUGAGCAGCUUCGAACUGCAGUGGAAAGGGAGAUUUUAAAAUUUCAGAAAGGCAUUUGGCAAACUCAAAAGUCUUUGCAUUCUUCAAAUGAGGGCGACCAUAACCAAAUAGUGGUCAAAUGUGAACCUGUGGCAAUACCUAAUGACGGAACUGAUGUCUGGGAAAUUGAUCCUCAACUUCUGAAAUUUGAGAACAAAAUUGCAUCUGGCUCUUAUGGUGACUUGUACAAAGGAAUAUACUGUAAUCAGGAAGUUGCUAUAAAAAUCCUCAAGUCUGAACGUCUAAACUCAGAAUUGCAGAAGGAGUUCGCUCAAGAAGUAUAUAUUAUGAGAAAAGUCCGUCACAAAUAUGUUGUUCAAUUUAUUGGAGCAUGCACCAAGCCUCCAAACUUGUGCAUGGUAACAGAAUACAUGUCUGGGGGAAGUGUAUAUGACUAUUUACACAAACAAAAGGGUAGUUUCAAACUUCCAAAUUUGCUUAAAGUAGCAAUUGAUGUAUCGAAAGGGAUGGAUUACCUGCAUCAGAAUAAUAUUAUACACAGGGAUUUGAAGGCUGCCAAUCUUUUGAUGGAUGAACAUAAAGUUGUUAAAGUGGCUGAUUUUGGAGUUGCCAGAGUUAAAGCACAGACUGGUGUUAUGACAGCAGAAACUGGGACGUACCGAUGGAUGGCCCCUGAGGUUAUAGAACACAAACCUUAUGAUCAUAAAGCAGAUGUUUUCAGUUUUGGGAUUGUGUUAUGGGAACUGUUGACUGGAAAGCUUCCAUACGAGUACUUAACCCCAUUACAAGCUGCUAUUGGAGUGGUCCAGAAGGGGCUGCGGCCGACUAUACCGAAACACACUCUUCCUAAAUUUGCUGAGCUGCUUGAGAGGUGCUGGGAGCAAGAUCCUGCAGCUAGGCCUAAUUUUUCUGAAAUAAUAGAAAUUUUGCAGCAAAUAGCAAAGGAGGUUGGAGAUGAAGCAGAUGAUCGUGGCAAGGAGAAAUUUUCUGCAGGAAUUUUUUCUGCGCUAUUACGCGGUCAUCAUUAGCUUGUAACUUAAGGUUUACCUCUAAAUUUCAGAGCUUUUACCAUUCAUUAUCAACACUGUACAGACAGAUUAUGUCCUUGUUUAUAUAUGUAGGAAGAUGAGGUCGUAGUUUUGCGGUUUUUAUU